UUCUGUAUGUGCUGCUUCUGCACUGUACCGAAUCUCUGCAAACCAGUCACAGAAUGAGACCAUCUUUAAUCCAGCUCUCCGCCAUCCUCGCCCUCUCCUUCCCCAUCUAUGCAGACGAAAGUAUCUCUGAAGGUGACGAGUGGCUGUACCCCGUUACUCAGGAUGAGGUGGUACACGAGCACGGCACCGUCACCCUGAAAUGCACCGUGCAGGAAAACGACAACUCCUCGCUGCAGUGGUCGAACCCGGCGCAGCAGACCCUCUACUUCGACGGGAAGAAAGCUCUCCGGGACAGCAGGAUUCAGUUGGUCCAAUACUCCCCCCACGAGCUCACCAUCAGCAUCAGCAACAUGACCCUGAACGAUGAAGGCAUCUACACGUGCUCCAUCUUCACAAUGCCAGUCCUCACCGCUACUGCCCGGGUACAGGUCCUGGGUGUCCCGAAGAAGCCGCAGAUCCUGGGCUAUGGUGGAGCUGUGGAGGAAGGGACCAUGUUCACCCUGACGUGUAACACCACCGGCAACAAACCUGCCGCUACCAUCCACUGGUUCAAAGGCAGGGAGGAACUGACAGAUCACGUGACACACCAUGAGGAUACAGAUGUUCGGACAUACACGGUCAACAGCCAGAUCAAUAUUACGGCCACCAGGGAGGACAAUGGUGUCGAUAUCAUCUGCAGUUUAGAUCAUGAAACCCUCGACCACAACGAUAUUCAAACCACCCAGAGGAUCGAGGUCAAGUAUGCUCCAAGCGUCAAGAUCCGGGCAUCCAAAACGGUCCCAGAGGAGGGGGAGCCUUUUACCCUCCGAUGCAUUGGCGAAGGAAACCCAGAGCCCAGCGUCUUCUCCUGGAUGCGGUUUAAUGGCGAGCUGUCUGAUCGGGCCAUUCCCCGGAGCGAGAACCUGACUUUCAACUUCCUGAACAAGAGCGACGCUGGCGUGUAUCAGUGCGCUGCCCGGAAUAUCGUGGGCAUUGGCGUCCGGAAUUACUCCCUGACUGUACACGGUUUCCAGACCCUCGCGGGUGCCACCGCAUCUACCCUAUCCGUGAUUGCCAAUGAAUCUACCUCAAGCCCCACGGACAAAGACCCUCUGUCUGAGCUAACCCGGAGCAGUAUUGACCACGCGGUAAUCGGUGGCAUUGUAGCCGUCAUCGUCUUCAUUGCUCUGUGUCUCCUGAUCAUCUUGAUCCGUUAUCUGAUUCGACACAAGGGAACAUACCUCACGCAUGAAGCUAAGGGAUCAGACGACGCUCCGGACGCGGACACGGCCAUCAUUAACGCGGAGGUCGGUCACUCCAGCUCCGAGGACAAGAAGGAGUACUUCAUCUAGACGGGCCGAAUGGCUUCCAGUGGGAGGAGGAGGGGCUGGGGUCUGGUGGUGGGGGAGGGAGUCACGAUGGAGGAACAGCCUCACCCAAACAGUGUCCACCACCCCCCCCUCCUCCUGAGGGAGCACACAGCAAGAUCCCAGUGAAGCCCCCUCCCCUGCCUGAUCCCACGGCUCGCUGACCCCACCCCCUCCUCGUUUCCCCCCCGCCCCCUCGGCUUCAAGAGUUACCUCCAUCGCUCCUGGCGAAUGCACGUUAACCCCCACCCUCUUUCCCC